AUGUCUUCUCCCGUCGACAACUCCGUCUUCCUCUCUCUCGCCCCCACCACCUCCUCCUCCUACCCAUUCAAGGCCCAACAACAACCCGCGGCCGUCGCUUCGCCCGCGCCCGCUCCCAUCAAGCGCCGCACAUCCAGCGUCAGCAGCGCCGGCAGCAACGGCCUGCGCUUCCUCAAGCUCGGCCCCGUCCACUACGGCGAGCACCCCGACGAGCACAAGGAGGACUGGCACCCCGCCCUCCUGUCCUAA